AGAGAGCCUGUUACUAGUCUGUGUGCUGCGCCGUCGGGGAGCGCUUUAGGCCCUGAAGUCUUACACGGAACGUUCCGCUGGUUUCUAGCAGGAUGAGUUCAAUCGGCACCGGGUAUGACCUGUCAGCUUCUACAUUCUCUCCUGAUGGAAGAGUUUUUCAAGUUGAAUAUGCUAUGAAGGCUGUGGAAAAUAGUAGUACAGCUAUUGGAAUCAGAUGUAAAGAUGGCGUUGUCUUUGGGGUAGAAAAAUUAGUCCUUUCUAAACUUUAUGAAGAAGGGUCCAACAAACGACUUUUUAAUGUUGAUCGGCAUGUUGGAAUGGCAGUAGCAGGUUUGUUGGCAGAUGCUCGUUCUUUAGCAGACAUCGCAAGAGAAGAAGCUUCCAACUUUAGAUCUAACUUUGGCUAUAACAUUCCACUAAAACAUCUUGCAGACAGAGUGGCCAUGUAUGUACAUGCAUAUACACUCUACAGUGCUGUCAGACCUUUUGGCUGCAGUUUCAUGUUAGGGUCUUACAGUGUGAAUGACGGUGCACAACUCUACAUGAUUGACCCAUCAGGUGUUUCAUAUGGUUAUUGGGGCUGUGCUAUUGGCAAGGCCAGGCAAGCUGCAAAGACAGAAAUAGAAAAGCUUCAGAUGAAAGAAAUGACCUGCCGUGAUGUUGUAAAAGAAGUUGCAAAAAUAAUUUACAUAGUACACGAUGAAGUUAAGGAUAAAGCUUUUGAGCUGGAGCUCAGCUGGGUUGGUGAAAUAACUAAAGGAAGACAUGAAAUUGUUCCAAAAGAUGUAAGGGAAGAGGCAGAGAAAUAUGCUAAGGAAUCUUUGAAGGAAGAAGAUGAAUCAGAUGAUGAUAACAUGUAACAUUUACUUCAGAAUGUAUUUUAAAUUUCUAAUAUAGUCCCCAUGUAACUAACUGUUUAGCCCUUUGGAUUAUUACAUACCCAUUUACCAAUUUUCAUUAAAUUUUUGUCUUAUAAUUA